UACACACUUCUCUAUGUGCAUCUAUACAUAUCUAUUAAUAUAUAUACAUGCUGCCACCUCCUCCCCAUAUCACACAAAAAAAUCAAGUUCCCAUUUUCACAUCUCUCUCUCUCUCUCUCACACACACACACACACACUAGAGAUGGAAUCCCAAUACAAAGUGAAUAGCAAUGGUGAAAUUUAAGAGGUUGGGACUUGGUUUUGAGGUUCUUGGCACUAUCGCUCAGCCUGGCCGCCGCCGUGGUUCUCGGCGUCGAUAAGGAGAGCACCACCGUAGCGAUGACCUUGGUCCCCACCCUGCCCGCCGUCAAUGUUCCCGUCACCGCUAAGUGGCAUUACUUGUCUGCUUUUGUGUUCUUUGUGGUGGCAAACGCUAUCGCAUGCGCCCACGCCGCAAUCUCAUUGCUCCUUGCCUUAGCGAAUAAGGGGGGAAACAAGGGAAUCUCUUUGAUGAUUGUCCUCUUCGACCUAGUGAUGGUGGCCCUACUCUUUUCGAGCUUCGGGGCCGCCCUUGCCAUCGGUCUUAUGGGCUACGAAGGGAACUCACACGUUCAGUGGAAAAAGGUGUGCAAUGUGUUCGAUAAGUUUUGCAAUCAGGCGGCAGCCGCCUUCGGCCUCUCCGGUGCCGCCACGGUGGCGUUCUUCUUGUUGGUGGUGCUUGCCACCUUCAACCACCACAAGAAACACUAGAUAGAUCAUUAGAGUGGAGUGAGUGGCCUUGGAUUAUGAGCUAUAUGCAUAGAAAGUUUCCUAAACUGAGUAGGUUACCAUACAUGCAUUGUGUUAAUUUCAGUGUGGUGGAAAGGUGACAAUUUUCAGUUCUUUUUUCGUUUAAUUUUAUGAACAUUGAGAUGUUCAUAUUUGUGACUUGUGAUCAUCACGCUUUCUAAGUUUAAAAUCCUUUGAAUAUGUUUUGAUAA